AUGCCAAAGGCUGAUCCAAGACAAACCGCCAAGGAUAAACUCGGUCAGAAGGGCCAAGGUGAGAUUCUCGAAGGAGAUGGAGUUCGAGUUGAAGGAGUUCGCUGGCUUCGUCUUCAACACGAAAAUCAAGAGGCAUGGGUUCUGAUUGAUGGCACGGCCAUCGGUGUUGAUAGAUGCUUCUUGGAGCCAGUGCCAGGAUAA